CCAAAGCUUAAACAUGCUCUUCCUCUUCUUCGCCCACCUCCUCCUUUGACUUCGCCCUUGCACUCAUCUCGACUCUCCAUCUCCAGCUCUCUUCAGGAACUCUAUUUUGUCCACCCGAUGUCUUUUGAUCUGAACGAGGAACAUUCGUCAGUUAUUAGGGAGUUCCCUUUCAUGAACCGAGGGAGGCUUUGGUUCUCGUGGAGAUUACGUGACUGGACUUGACACAAUUUCGUGUCCUUUUUCAUUACGGUUGCUGUUUUGUAGAUUGGUUUUCUCUUCUUCUUUUUUUGUUCGUCUCCGGGCUUUGGAUAAGUUUUAUUGUGUGGAAAGGCGGUAUUCGUAAGGCGAGGGUUGGAUUUGCGAUUGGUUGUCUCACGUCUCGUGAGGGAGGGGGAUUGUUCUGAAGUGCCGGGGAGUUUUCAUUUGGAUUCUGUGAUGGGGAAAUCAUCUCUGCCUCCUGGGUUUCGGUUUAAUCCAACGGAUGUUGAGCUGGUGCAGUAUUAUCUGAAGAGGAAGAUAAUGGGAAAGAAAGUCCAUGUUAAAGUUGUUGCUGAGGUGGAUAUUUACAAGUGGGAACCUUGGGAUCUUCCAGACCAAUCUGAUUGGCGAAGUGGAGAUCUGAAGUGGUACUUCUUUUGUCCUAGAGAGAAGAAAUAUGCAAGCGGAGCUAGAAUGAAACGUGCCACUGACCGUGGUUACUGGAAGACCACGGGAAAGGAUAGAUCUGUUCUGUACAAUAGCGAAGUUGUCGGAUGGAUAAAAACGUUGAUUUUUCACACGGGUCGAGCUCCAAAAGGUGAGCGGACAGACUGGGUUUUACAUGAGUAUAGGCUUGAAGACAAGAACCUUGCUGAUAAGGGUGUCCUUCAGGAUUCUUAUGUGCUCUGUAUAUUAUUCCAAAAGGAUGGGAUUGGACCAAGAAGUAAUAAACAAUAUGGUGCGCCCUUUAAAGAGGAGGACUGGACUGAUGAUGAUGUUGAAACUGAUGUAGUUCCACAUGAAAACAUGUCAGAGGCAAAUGUUGUUCAUGCAAACAUGUAUGAGACAGAGUCAGAUCUUACUCAUCCAAUUAUCACCGAGCCUGACAUUGUUCAAGCAAACCUACCUGAUCAAGUACUUGUUAAUACAAAUAUCAAUGACCCCCAUCUUGUUUGUGAAAACAUGCCUCAUCCCUACCUUGUUUAUCCAAACUUGCCUCAAUCAGACCUUGGCUAUGCAAACAUGUCUGAGCCACACCUUGUCUCUCCCAGCAACUAUAAUACUUAUAUCACUCUCACCAAUUCUCAUGAGUCCUGUGUUUCUGAUAUCUGGCCGUUGUCUAGCAAUGUUAUCCGGUCUGUUUCCAGUAGUUAUGUUACAACAGAGAAGCCUCAUGUGCCACCUGAUGAUGAUUUGAUAUUGAUGCUUAAUUACUUAACAGAAGACGAAACUUUCUCCAUUGGUGACAUUGGCAGAAAUCAGGAGCAGGAUGAUCUUAUUUAUUCUGAAGAUGCUGAUCCGAUUGCUGAUCUCGAAAGACGAGUUGAUACUUCUAAUGGUCUGGGAGGUUUGAGCGAAGACAGAUAUGAUAUUCCCAAUGGAGCCAUUUCUGGAGCUCCAGGUGAGAAUGAGCCAUAUAUGGAGCUAUUUGAUCUUGACAAACCUUUGGAUGGCGAUAAUUCUCUGUUCCCGAUGAUCAGCCCGCCUCGUACUUUUCAUGGAGAGACACAGAAUGAAGACUCAUUCUUUUCAUGGAGAGAUGACAUAUGAAGACUUUGUUAAAUAAUGUGAACUUUUGAACAAUCAUUGCUCCAGCAUCUAGUUCCUUGAUAUCCGACUUUGCAUGACAUUAUAUUCUGUAUUAAAAUAAAUACUUUUGUUAGUUUGAUUUGUGUUCUAUAAUUUGUGUUUUAUAAUUUUAGAUAUAUUAAAAAGAAGCAUCUGCUUGGUACCA